ACACACACUCACACACGUGCUCCUGGGUGAUCGUAACAUGCGAAUAUCUCCUCCACCUCAUCCCCCACCUACAACAUCACCGCCUCCCUUGACGCUCCUACACACCGCCGCCGUUCCGCCGCUCGCCACCACCACCACUACAAGCCGAUGGCGCACCUCCGCCGCCCCGUGGUCAUCUUCCUCAGCGUGCUGUUAGUGCUAGGGCUGUGGCAUAUCGCGAUAGCGGGCCGCGUAUCGCCCGACGCGUGGAGCCGCGGCGAAUACGCUGGCGCCGAGAAGGCGCUGUCGGGGUGGAGCGCGGGCGUGUGCAAGACCACCGGCGUGUGUGCGAAUUGGCUCGCCCGUCCCGGGGAUCAGCCCGGCGAGAUCGUCGGUGACAAGAAAGUAAAGAAGAAGUUGAGGAGGGCGCCGGAGUUCGUGCUGGAUUAUGCUCCGUAUGUUUAUCUACAUAGUGAGGAGAAGUUUAUGCCCGGUGAUAUUGGCGAACAUCUACUACAUACCACUCCGUUCCUAAACUACACGCCGAUAGCUUCCCCUAGCGGCCAUGCGACACUCCAGAAUCUGGACGGAUACAAUACAUUUGGCGACCACGUCUACCUCACAUCCGACGAUGACCCUUCGAAUCCACCAUCGUGGUUGCGCGGAGACCGUAACGUUCCGUCUAGCACCUCAGGUAGCAAGGACGAUAUCGGAUUGAGUGCUGCUCCGGGAAUCAUCAUUUGGACGGAGAAGGAAGGAGGAAUUGUGGAUGCUUUCUACUUUUACUUCUACAGCUUCAAUCUGGGGAAUACGGUUGCUGGAUGGAGGUUUGGGAAUCAUGUUGGAGACUGGGAGCAUACCGUUGUGCGGUUCGUCGACGGCCAGCCGGUGAGCAUGUUCUUCAGCGAGCAUAGUGGCGGCGCAGCGUAUGAGUACGCUGUCGUCGAGAAGAUCGGCAAAAGGCCCGUGACCUACUCGGCGCGCGGAUCCCACGCCAACUACGCCACUCCAGGCCCCCACUACUAUGCAAUCCCCCUCCACCUACUCGCAGACCACACGAACAAAGGUCAUCUCUGGGACCCGGUGAAGAACAACUACAUGUACCACUACGACAUAUCGACGGACGUUCUCACACCAGACGUCGACAACGCACGGGCUCCCGUAGCCUGGUUCCACUACGAGGGCCGCUGGGGUGACCGCUUCUACCCACUCGACGACCGCCGACAAUACCGCGUCGCCGGAUACCUCGCAUACGUCAAUGGCCCCACCGGUCCGAAGAUGAAGAACCUCGACCGCGUCGAGAUCUGCCAGAACGAGGGGAUCUGCGUGGUCCAGCCCAGCCUGACAUAUCGCCUCGAGGGAGUCAAGGGCCCCGUCUCGGAGGGCGACAAUGAGUGGUAUGAGGAGAUGAUGCGCGGCGAUCAGGGCGAUGUCAAGGUCGAGUUUGGGGGGAAGGCCAGUGAGGCUGAUGUCGAAGAGACGGAUUUUAAGAGGCGCGAAGGAUAGAAGGAUAGAAGGAUAGAAGGUAGCCCUCGAGGAUUUUUGGUUUUUCCGUUUGCUUUGUGCUUUGGGUCGAAAGGAUUCCCAUAGACGACCCCCGUUACUCUCUACACGCAUCUGUAUCAUAAGUUUUUGGAUUUUUUUGGCAUUCUGUUCUGGAGGGAAGUGUGUGUGUGUUUUCUUGGGUUCUUUUUGAAUUGGAUUGGAU